UUUUUCUUCGCGCUCGCAGCACUGCGUGGAAUGUCUACUCAAAAUUUCGUUCAAUAUUCCAUUUAGCAUGAAUGGCUAUACAAGCAAGCACAGACCAGAGGUAGUUUGAGAGGCAAUAUGAAUGUAUACGUUCUACGACACCAAUGCAGCCGUGAAUUGAGCAUAAAGCAUUGAGACAAGAGAGACAGCUUGUUCUGUGUAGCCAUUUUUGUUACAACGCAGUUUAACGCGUCACUUUGAGUGUUGGGUUUGAAAUAAUAAUUGAUGUUUUUUCAUAACAUAAAACUUUUCCGAUUUCCUAUGCUCUGCGGAUCAAAUGAUUAUUUUGUAGAACUCAAAAUGCAAACGAAAGAAAUGUGAACUGAUUAUGCUAUGCUUUUGGAUAUGUGGAUUAUUUUUAAACAUGAAAAUAGUGGUUGGACUUCACGUUACCAGAGAAAAUUGGAAGAAAAGUAAGGUUGCAUUCAGUUAAGUGAUCCCUCAAAAUACAAGAGCUACAACAACAACCCCAUCUAUAGCAGCAGCAUGCACCGAAAAAGAGGAUGAAGUAGUAAAUAUUUGUGGAUGUGUUUGUGAAAACGAAAUUUGACUGCGAGAAAUAUUAUAGUGUUCGUGUUUAAUAGUAUUGUGUUUAUGGUAGAAAUUGAAAAAAGUAAAACAUUUAAAAAAUAUACUAAAUAUCUGCUAAAUAAGGGAAACAAAAUAAGUGCGCAUACAAAUAUGGAAUUGAUCAUUGUAUUCUAAAUCAAAUUGCAGUGCAAGUAUUUGGUUUAAUAAUAGUGUGGCAAGCUAGAAAAUAAUUUAAAAAUGUCCAUUGGAGGAAGGUGACGAUACGUUCACCUUUGAAUUAUUUUACUAGCUUUUUGAAGAGGAAAACUCGCAGUUUGGAGAGAAAGGUGUAAAUGUGCUUGAGUUGUUUUUGAUUGUGUGAUGGUGUAAGAAGAAAUGAAUUUGUAAGGUAGCGAACAUAAGCCAAUGAUGAUUAAGUACGACGGUAAUUUAAAAAGCUUGGAAGCUAUUGAGUGAAUGAUUUUAACGUGCAAUGUAUGAAUUACCAUCAAUGCUUCAAGAUAGUGCAAAAGAAUAAACAAAACAAAAUCUCUCAAAAGGUGAAAUGGAAUAACCCAACAACAUUAUUUUGGAAGAUUACAUGAAUUGAAAAACAACAAUUGGAAAUUUUUGCGGAAGAACAACGAUUGGAAAUUCUGCAGAUUUACGUUUCUGUUUACUUGGAAUCCUAACAAUUUGAAGGAAAACGCAGUUUUUGCUAGCAAGGAAGAAAUUGAUAGGAAAUUUUAAAACCCGCGGAAUUCUUAAAUAAAUUGCUUAAAAUGGUCUUUUUGGCCCAGGGGCCGGGGCCCUUCGUCUCCCGCCGUGACGUAUAUGAGAACAACAGAACCGAUGUAGCAUCUGGAUACAGCAACCAAAUUGCCAUUUUAUCCAACAUUUGCAACAAGAAUCAAAUUCAACCACUACCAGAAAUUGCAGCCAAGGUCUCGUUAAUGCGUUUUGAUUUUUCUUCGUCAUUGUUUUUAAACUUUAGCGAAGAAAAACUAACGUCUUUCGAGGGCCCGCCAGCAGCGGAGGCCCUUCUCGCUUUUUCUGCAUGGAUUCAAUGAAACGCAGCGAGGCAAACAGCAGCCACCACCAAAACAAGGUGGUUUUAACAAACCAAGGAACAGACAGCAAUAGCAAAAUAAAUUGUAGCGGUAGUAAUUUUAACAAUAACACUGUAAGUAAUAAGCAGCAACACCAAACGGCGUCCUUGAAUCAAGAAUCCACGCUGCCAAACACGUCAACUUCAUCGACGUCAACAACCAGUGAUAUCCACAAAGAUUCCAACUUUGAGUACGACGAUAACGAGUGGGAUGUUGGUAUAGGUGAUCUGAUCAUUGAUCUAGACGCAGAUAUAGAGAAAUCAUCAGUUAACAACCAACAGCAAGAAAUACAAUCAGGAACAAUAUUGAUUGGUGAAAAUUCUUCGCAACCAACGUCGGAACCAAUCUUACCGUCACUUCCAUCUGUAGGUUCUCUCGACGUACUUGGUAGUGACAGCAAUAAAGCGAGCCUAAAGAAAUCACAAAACGCACUUUCGUCACCAAUUCCAUCAAAAGAUUGUGAUUCUUUAGGAGCAAGUGCAGUGAAAGAAGAUCUUCCACCUAAUAGUGCAAAACUCCUGAUUUCGAAAGCUACGUCUGUGAAAGGAGGAACCACGUCUUCAACACCAUCCAAGCAUCACUCCUCCUCUUCCUCUUCCUCUUCUUCCUCCUUACCAUCGGUGACUUCGUUUGCUUCUGGACAUCAUCUUCAUCAUCACUACCAUCAUCAUCAUCACCAUCACAAAUCGAACAGCAGCGUAGAUUCUAGGAAUCAACACACAACUAACCUAUCAAAACAUUCUGUGCUACUCAGUCAACUAAACAGCAUAAGAAAUUCCAACUCUUCACCCUUUGAAACAUCUGGAUUGAAACAUAAGCACAGUUCCAGUACUUUUAGUAGCAGGUUAAGCAACAUGUCCUCCACGAACAAUAGUUCGGGUGGUAAAUCAGCCACUAAAUUAGCUGUAGAUCAUCAAGCUACGCUUGACAAAGGAUUAAAGAUGAAGAUUAAACGUACUAAGCCUGGCACGAAAACGUCGGAAGCUAAGCAUGAAAUCGUGAAAGCUGAACAAAACGGUACAAGUUCACUAUCGUCAUCUGCGGAUGAAAAUAAUGGUAAUAGCAACAGUAGUUCCAACUCGAGCAACAAGAAACACUCGUCACAAUCGCAGUCCCAAGCACAAGUGGCCAGCUCAACUAUACAACAGCAGUCGCAACAGGGAUCGAAACGAGGUAGCAGUGGGCAUCGUCGAGAUAAGGCGAAGGAAAAGACCACACACCACAAUCAGCGGGAGAAAAAUGAGCACAACAGUACCAGUACUGGCAAUAGCACACCAUCAGGUGUUGAUCGGUCUUGCAGUUGUACGCAUGAAAUUCAAAUCAACGGAAUUCAACAACCUUGCUCUGGUGCAUUCUGCAUAAAGAGUAAAACCUCAGAUCAACAAAUGACUUCGCUAACGCAGCGGUUAUCAAAUCAAAACAACUCGAGUACAAGCACUACAAAUAGUUUAUUUUCUUCGAAUUCUAAUACGGGUUCCUCGUUAAGUAGUAUUAGUAGUAGUAGUAAUACUCCGAAUGCUCCUGGUCCACCGUCCUCUAAGGACAACAUUAAGAAUAAACCUGCAGUACCAAUCAUAAUACAUUCAUCAUCACAGAUCUCUUCCGCGGCGGCCGCAAACAACUCACAGUUAUCAAACCUCCAACACUCUACCUCAUCUAGUGGUAGCAGUAGUGGCGGUAGUGGUAACAGCAAUAGUUCCAAUAGUAGCAGUACCAUUUCCAGUUCCAGCGGAAGCAGUAGUAAUUCAGCGAAUAACGUAUUGAAAUCGCAGCUACAAUCUACGACGCCACCGUCCAGUUUACUGAAUGUGUUGGCGUCGCGUACAUUAUCUGCGACUGAAUCGUCAUCUUACGGAAGUGCUUCAUCUUCAACAUCGACCAGUGGUUCACUGUUAUCCAGUGGAGAGUCAAGUUCGGUGUUGUUGAAGGAUGACAAGACCAGCACCAGUCCUCCUCCCGCAAAACGCCACAAAUUUGAUCCAAAAGAUAUGGUGGACGUGUGUGUUGGAACAUCUGUUGGUACAAUAACUGAACCAGACUGUCUAGGUCCAUGUGAACCAGGUACGUCUGUUACGUUAGAAGGUAUUGUUUGGCAUGAAACCGAGGGAGGAGUGUUAGUUGUUAAUGUAACAUGGCGCGGUAAAACAUACGUCGGUACUCUGAUAGACUGUACAAAACAUGACUGGGCACCACCACGAUUUUGUGAUUCACCAACUGAAGAGUUGGACUCGCGAACACCGAAGGGACGAGCUAAACGUAAUCGCGGCUCAGCGUUGUUUCCCGUUAACGACCUUAGUAAUUUCACCGAAACCCGAAGCUCUAUGCAUAGCAAGUUGCGGAAUGGUGGAACGAAAGGUCGGGGUAGCCGUGCUACACCAACAACAACUGCUGACUCAAGUUCGGUGAAGACAACAACAACCUCAACAUCUACAACGGGGAGUUCGUCAAGUGGCACAAACACAAGUGUAAGUUUAAAUACUCCCUCAACGUCUCCGGUCGCCUUUUUGCCGCCACGGCCUGAGAAACGGAAAUCGAAAGAUGAGUCUCCCUCACCUGUGAAUGGUGGUAGCGGAAGUACUAGUAGCAGUAUGAGCGGCAGUGUGAUAAAUUCUAGUAACGUAAAUAAUGCAAAUAUGACUUGCAUGGCCAAUAGCACACUAGGUACGCAAAGUGUAGUCAACCCAAUGACAGGACUGAACGUGCAAAUUUCAACCAAGAAGUGCAAGAGCACAGCGUCACCAUGUACGAUAUCCCCAGUAUUGUUGGAAUGUCCCGAACAAGACUGUAGCAAAAAGUACAAACACGCCAAUGGUCUGCGAUAUCAUCAAAGUCACGCGCAUGGUAGCGUCUCGUCGAUGGAUGAAGACUCUUCACAUCCACCUGAAUCACCACAACGGGUAGCACCACCAACAACGCCGUCACCAUUACCUACAGUACAGUCCACGAAUGUUCUAACGAUACCAACUUUAACUGCGGUCUCAAUGACAACAAACACUUCUGCAUCGACAACAACCACUUCAACUAGUAGUGCUCUCCAAGCAACAGUUUCUGUAGCUGUGACGUUGAAUGCUAGUCAAAAUGCAACCACAACCACAAUGACAACGAAAACAACAACGGCGGCUACUAGCAGCACGACAACCAAUCCACCAUGUUCCGCACCUUCACCGAGUCUGCUUAUGACAGUUAAUGUGUCGUCUGUUCCUGUACCCAUAUCGACGUCACACUCGAUACUCACAACCACCACAUCAGCAUUGCCAGUUACAUCUGCUGCUGAUUCUCAACCCACUGCCACAUCGCCUUCUAUUGCAGGGGGUAGCAUUACGACUGGUGUUGCAGGACAACCCCAGCCACAUGUGAUGCCAGCGAGCAGCUCAACAUUAUUGAGCUCUGCUUUGAACGGUUCUGCUCUUUCGGUGCCAAUAUCAUCACAAUUACAAUCAGGUCAAGUUCAGACACCGUCACCUCAGCAGCAGCAAUCGUUAGCCCUACAGGCCAAUAACAACGGUGUUGCUACGACUCCUACACGAUGUGAUCCCAGUGCAAAAUGUAAACCUGGUAUAUUGCGAUUUGGACCACUUCAUGGAGAAGUUGACCACAACGCACGGCUUACACCAGUUGCACAAGGCUCAUCCAACAUUCCUGGAACUCCGGGAUCGAAUGUAUCAAAUGUGCAACCAAGCACUCCCGUAAGGCCUUCGAAUGUGGGUGUCACAGGGGGAAUUUUAGCAAUGCAACCGGCUACUCCGGGAACACCCGAAGGUUCAAACAUGAAGUCACAGAAUUGUUCUAAACAAAAGAAAAAUCGUAAAUCACCUGGUCCAUCUGAAUUUGACGUUGCAGCAGCAAAUCGGGCAGAGGAUGUUCAAAGCCCAGCUUAUAGUGAUAUCAGUGACGAUUCUGCACCAGUGGUGGAUGCUAGUGAUUUAGAUAAAUCGAAGGGUCCGUCUUUGCCAGAUGUACAAAAAAAACCUAACGAAGCAGGUCAACUAGGUCCAUUAUCCGGCUAUGGAAUGUAUCCCUACUAUCCCGCUAUGCCUCAUCAGUCUUCGUACUAUUCUUCGGACCAUCCAGGAAAACCACCUGGAUUAGGUCAUUCACCAUUGGGACCGAAUGCUGCAGUAGAUUACAAAAGCAAAGAGCCGCCACUUGAUCUUAUGAACAAACCAAAUCAGCACCAGCAUCAGCAGCAACAACACCCACCUCCACCACAACCGGGACAACCUCCACAUCUACAACUUCCACCAGGGGAAGCUAAUGCUCAGCCAAACAAAGACUGCCCGACCGGACCUCCGGCACAUGCUGGAGCAGGGAAAAUGAUGCAACAUUUCUAUCCUUAUGGGUACGUAAGGCAUGUUUUUUUAUGUAAAGCUGUGACGUCUACGUUUAAUGCGUAUGAUUCAUAGUAGAAGCAUUACACAAGCCCGAAUCGUUUGAAAGUGCAUGGUCUGAUUUUGAGCCUAGUAGCAGAAUUAGGGGCAUUAUAAACUCCCAGGGUAGAUUGGACACCCGCUAUAUUUUCCAAAAUAUCAACAUGAAUUGAAUGAGUAAUUUAACGAGUGAACUAAUUUUAAUAUGUUCCUAAUCACCGUAAAUUCAUGAAAAAACGCACAGGCUUUCUGUAUGCUGAAAAGUUCUCACACCUAUCACCAAAUGAGAUGUGGCGAGCAGAUGACGGUAAUUAGACUGCAAUUAUCGUGUGGAAUAUUAAAUUGUUUUGUUGUUCCCACAUAUAUCGUUGAUUAAUUUUCGGUAGGUACAUUAAAAUAAUCAAAAAAUAA